ACACCCCGAACCAGUCUACAAACACCCCGAGCCAGUCCAUUACAACGUUCAUCCUCAACCCCAUUAUGGCUACAAAGUUGAGCCUUGUAAGAACAAGCCGGAUGGCGACUACGUAAUUGAAGGUGAAUUUGUGCACAAAUACAACUACGCCGACAAAGUAUGCAGCUUUGUGAAAUGCGCAAAUGGAUUUAGUUUCCUGACAAAAUGUGGACUGGGAACAAGGAAUGAUGAUUAUGGCCGUGGCCCACUUAAGGACGGAAAACUCUGGUUAUGUGACAUCCAGGACAACUAUGGACGCUGUGGCAAGCCUUACCCAUCCCAUUAACAUGUAGGACCAUGAACAUCAGGACUGAAAUUACCAGGACUUUUAUUACGAGUUUGUAAUUAUGUCACAAUCUGGAACAAUAAAUCACGAAUCAUUCACCUUAAAUGUACGACUGACUGAUCACAAUUUGGAAUUGAAAUAUUUCAUAUUUUCAUUCAUUUGUCAUGGAUUGUAAUUUAUAUUAUUUCAAAAUAAACAGAUAAGCACAACAACGUUGUUAUGUUACAUUUAGGUAUUCAAUAUUUAUUUACUAGAAAAUAUGUGAAUAAAUAGGAUACAGGUAUAGACUACCCUAGAAUUGUACACAUCCAAAAAUGUCAAUAUUUUGUAGUUUGUCUCAAUUCAAAUACAUAACUUAUUUUUUUGUAGACAUAUUUUUGAUAAAUAUAUUUCCUUCUAACUAAUAUUUACACAUUUUUGUUGGAAUUUCAUAAGUUGAAAUGUAUUUUUACUAGAGUAUCAUUAUUCACAUCUUCACAUACAACAUACUAGAUUUCUUUCUGACUGGACUUAAGGAAAGUAUAUUGGAUUUCAGUAUAUUUCCAAUAAUAACAUAAAAGGACGAUUCUCGGUUUGGA